UCGAGUUCAAGUCUGUUAGUGGUUGGUAGCACCUCCGUGCUUCGAAAUAUUGUUCAUUAAAACUUUAAGCUUUAUGCAAUAGAUCUAAAAAAAUUCAAAUGAAAAUGACAACUUCUUGUGUGAAUACAUAUUCUGUGAUUUCAUUAGAAAACUAUAAUUGAAAAUCCAUUAAAAUCCAAAUGAAACAGUGCUCUAGAACUCGAACAAGAAAAAAUCGAUAAUUGUGUUUAAUAAAAAGUUGUACUAGUAUCUAGGUAUAUAAGAAAUGGGUGCGGAGCACUCUUCACAAACUCGCAAUGACGGCGAUGGUCGCGAAGUCUUCGAACACGAACGAUCAUCAUCGGCGAAUUCUUCCACAAAACGUAGAGCGGCUGCCCAACGCCAAGGCUCGGCCAGUAGUAAAGGCAGUCAGCAGCAGCAGCAAAGCGGCUCGCCAACUUUCUCAGAUAUUGGGCGUCCUGUGUCGCCGCCACUGAGUGUCUGCUAUGACUCAGACUUACCCUAUGUCUCCUACACAGACAGACCAAUAGGUGAUUCACCUAAAAUUCGCAAUAAAAACACCUCCUCCGCCAACACCAGCCUGAGGAGUGUUCACGCAAACAGUCGAUACAAACAAACUGGGACCAAACCAAAGCGCCCCGCUUCAACAUCCAAUCACAACAUUGUCAUUGUCAAACCAGGCACCACACGGGACCUUGAUCUCGACCUAGAUCCAGAUUUGGCCCGACUCCGAAACAUUCCAAUGUUUCUGCCGGUAAUGCGAGAAACUCUCUCUCUGCCUUCAUCUCGAGAACCAGAGAUUCUCGAACGUCUGCAGUCGGUGCAUUUGCAGAACAUUUGCCAUCGCAUGCAGGCCCAUCUCAAUUACUGUGCCACACACGUUGCCACCGAACAAAGUCAAAUUGUCGAGAAGACAAAAAUGAUCAACAACACUGUUACGACGCUAUUUGCAUCGUUUGUAGACAUGCAAAAGACCUACGCUGCCUAUGCAGAACAAUUUUCAAAAAUUCGCAGCAUAUCACAGCAGUUAAGUCGCUGCAAUUCUUUGUUAAACGAAAACAUUGAGAGUUUGGAGGCUAUCAAUAAUUUCCUGGACGUAGACGAUAGACUUGAACCAUUUGUAUGGAAAACCGAAGAGGUCAACCACAGGAAGGGUGGCAGUGGCAGCUUGACGUAGUCGAAUUUAUAAAUAUAUAUAUAUAUGUAUACAUAUGUACCCUCGAAUAUUACCUAUCUAAGUGCAUUUGUUUUGAUGUUUUUGUUCUAAAAUUUAGUUUUAAUUUGUGUUAAUUUGUAAGUGAUAAUGAAAAUAUUUAAGCUAUUUUAAGGUUAUUCCAAGUUUAAUAAUUAGUUAUUUAUUUAGAAGAAAAAAAAUGAAGAAAACAAAACUCAUUAAUAUUAAAUUGCUGCAAAAGUGCUUCAUCACUUAAA